AUGCAACGUUUAUUACCAAAGGCAUCACUUAGACGUUCUAUAUGCUUCUCUUGUUAUUAUAGGCAAACAAACAAGAUAAACAACAAAAGAGCUUUCCAUAGCAGUCAUCCAACUCAUGUUCCCCUGGUACCUUUUCCUGCUUUUCUCCUUGGCGCAUUCAAGACUGGCAAAUUAGUCAGUGUCAUUUCCUUAUCGUCCAAGACAUCACUUACAUUAUUACCACAUACCUUUCGUCGAGGAAAAGGAAGCAAGCUACAGCUAGUGGCCAAAAUCUUGGCAGGAAUACCCUUAUUUGGAGUUGGACUAUUGUUUGCUGUUGGUUUGGACCAAGCCCCAAAUACGUCAAGGUUAAGGCUGAUUUAUCUAAGUGAAGAAGAAGAAGAAGAUAUUGUAAAGGAUGAGAUCAAUACGCUGCUAGAUGCACAACGAGGACUUGUUGCCCCUAGAGAUAGCGAAGCGGUCAUUUGGCUACAGACCAUAGUAGAUAACCUCGCAGCUGUGGCUGUGGAUGAUAUUCGUGACCCUGUGCGACAAUAUUCUAUCCAAAAGAAGGAAACGGUUAAUGACAGUGACAGCACAAAAGUAUUAGUCGUGCCUUCGAACGAUAUAGAAACGAUCGUGAGUUCAACAGCAGAUGAGCUUCGAGCAAGCAUACCAAAACGAAACUUUGAAGUAGACUUCAUCUGUGACUCGACUACGGUCAAUGCGAUGUGCGUUGGGUCACAUAUUGUUGUAUAUGAUCUAUUGGCACAGUAUAUGGAAUAUGACUCAAGUAGAAUGGCAGUCAUACUCUCUCAUGAAAUAGCACAUUCGAUACAAAGACAUUUUGUAGAACAGCAUGGAUUUGCAGCACUCAUGUUUAUGUUGGGUGAUAUCACUAGGGGUGUCUUUUGGAUGGUAACUGAAUCACUUGGACCAUAUGUCAAUCAGAAAAUAAACGAUUAUAUUUCAAUGUUCAUCACCUUGGAAACACAGACUACAUACAAUAGAAGAUUAGAAAAGGAGGCAGAUCUAAUUGGAUUGAUGAUACUGGCCAAAGCAGGAUAUGACCCUAGAGUAGCAGUUGAAGUAUGGGAAAGGAUGGCAGAAUUAGAAAAUUAUAUAGACGAUGAAACUGAACAAGUAGUAGCCAGUUCUCAAAAUAAGGCAAUCGACACAGUUGAAGAAUUACAACAAGUGAACAUUGUCGAAUUCUUUACAACAUUGAUCAGUAACUGGUUUGGAUCAAGUCAUCCACCCAGCGAAGAAAGAAUAGAGUACAUGAAAGAACACUUGGAUGAAGCAAUCAAGGUCUAUGAACAAUCGAUUCAAUUGAAUGGAUAUCCAAAAGAGUAUAUAUUUCAAAUAGAUGACGUUGGAAAUAACAAUAGCUUGUUUACAAAUGUUAAAAAUUGGUUAUCAAGUAUAAUCAUCACAGUCAAGUGA